CCCCCCAUCAACACCACCUUCCUGGAGCGGCAUGGAAUUUUCCUCCAUCCAGGCUUGUGCGUGUGAUGAAUGUGUGGAUGCAUGAGAGUUCAGUUCCAGGAUUUCUGGAGGGCACCGAAAGGAAAGAAGGUAUCCAGAGCUUUCUCUGUAUACCUGCCUUCUAUGAGAUAUGUGAAAACUUUGUUGCCGUUUGUACCUAUUUAGGUGACAGUAAGAACAACAAAAAGACAUUUCCUCAAAAUUGAAACUGAAUAAGCUGAGGAUUACAAUGUCUCAAGAAUGACUUUCUGGACAUUGAAUAUCAAAAACUGAGACAGCUGCUAGACUUAACCUUAAAUAAGUGGCAUCCUUCAGCCUAUACCACUUUUGUGUUCCCAGGCUCAGUUUGUAAGCCACACUGAAGAUACAAAAUGCCUAAACGAAAAUGCGUCUUUACUGACAAACUGAAGCAGAAAUAUCCUCAUUUUCGUAAAGGUAGAGAUGACUAUGAAGCAGAAUGCUUGGUCUGCAAAGCUGGCACAUUUGUGUCAGUGGCACAUAAAGGUGCCAGUGACCUGGAGUAUCACAUGUCCUCUGAAAAGCACAAGAAAGCCCUCGGAGGAGACAGUUGGUCUGCAAAGCUGACUGAAUUUUUGGGGACUCCAGGCACGAAAGCCGAGGAUGCUCUUGCUGCAGCGGACAGCACGCUACCCUUGCACACCAUCCCAAGUUGCAACAGCUACAAAUCAGCAGGCCGCACCUCUGAGUUGUUCAGAAAAAUAUUUCCUGACGCAGAGAUAGUGCAAAAAUUUUCCAACACCCGGAGCAGGACAGAAGCUCUUGAGAACUCAGUCUUUGCCCAGCAUGCAGUGAGCAUUGACCUGGAAGAACACGGCAUCCCUUUCUGCGGGGUGGCCAUAGAUGACAGCAGCCAUAGGGCCGUGAAAAUGGUCCUGGUACUCAUCCAGUAUUACGACUACAGGAACGGCGGCUUGAAGACCAAACUCCUGGACCUUCAGGAAACGGCCACUGAGACGGAUGUUUCAGACUCUCUUGUCAAAGCUCUUAAGAAACACAGAUUGCUUCAGAAGUGCGUGGCGUUCGCGGGGGACAACUGCAACACCAUGUUUGGUGAACUUCGGCAAGACGAGGAGGCGAGGACUGUGUUUGCCCAGCUGAAGAAAUCCCUCCAGAGGGAGACGUUGAUCGGGGUGUACUGCCCUGCCCACAUUUUGCACAACUGCAUCCACCACGGAGCAGACGCCCUCGAGGUGGACGUUGAGAACAUCAUCCUAAAGAUCUACCAGUACUUUCACAUCUACGCGGUGCGGACGGAAUCCCUGCAAGAAUACUGCGAGUUUGUGGAGGUGGAGUACAAGCGGCUGCUCUCCCACAGCAAGACUCGGUGGCUGUCCUUGUUCCCCGGCAUCACAAAGUUGCUCCAGAUGCACUCGGCCCUGAAGUCCUUCUUCUUGGGCCAGAGCAACCCGCCCGCCGUGCUCAAGAGCUUCUUUGAGCACGAGUUCAGCGAGCUCUACCUUUGGCACAUGCACUCGCUGAUGAACGCCUUCCAUUUGCACAUUGAAGAGAUGGAGCGGGAAAAUAACUCCCUCGUGGAAGUGAUGAAGACGCUGGACUCUGUGCACACCAUCCUGCUGGACCGAAGAGCCCAGAACUUCAUGUCCCUGACGGUGAAGGGGAUGCUUGCAGACAAGCGUAAGGAGGGGCUGGAGGAAGGAUGCGACGCCUUCUCUGAUGCGGUGCGUCGCCUCUACAGUCAUUGCAUAGACUACCUGGAGAUGUGGAUGUCAUCUCUGCAAGAGUUUUCUUGCUUCGCGUGGAUGGCCCUGAGUGACACACCCAGCUGGAGUGACGUGGAAGCAUGUAUCACUUAUUUGAUUGAGAAAGGUGUAGAGAUUGAUGACAUCAGGUGUUUUGACCAGUUCAACAACCUGAAAAAAUUUGUGGAAGCUUCCAGCGACGAAGAAGAGUUCCAGCAUCUGCUUUCACAUCAAAAGUGGACUAAAUACUUCCUGAAGGCCAAAGCCAUUGAAUGCUAUUCAGAACUGUUAAAAAUUGCGCAGUUCUUCUUCGCAAUUCCCUCCCACAGUGUAAAUAUGGAAUGGAGCGCUUCUUUUCAUUGACACAACGGAAAGGAUAUGCUUGAAUGGCCUUUCAUUUAAUUUUAAAAAUAACCGUUGGAAACAUUUUUGUGCGUGCUUUGUUCUGAAGAGAAAUGCACGUGCACACCACAGGAAAUAACAGGAAAAGCUAUGUGUCUUUUGGGAUGUACCAUCUGUACACAGUAGAAUUUUAGGGCAGCGGCCCCCAUCCUUUUGGGCACUAGGAACUGGUUUUGUGGAGAAUGGUUUUACCGUGGAACGGUGGGGGCGUGAUUCCACAUGCAGCCUGCCACCUCAUGGAUGGGGCUUCACUUGUAUGCACAGACCAGUUUCUGGCAUGCCGCAGCCCAGUGUAGGUCCAGAGACCAGGGAUUGAGGAUCUCUGCUUUAGAGUAUCAUCUAUAAUUAGAAGUAUCAGUGAUGGUUGUUCUGUUUUUGUCAUUAGUUGUGGCCUUUAACCCCUCAUUACUGAUUCAGAAAUCUUUUCAUUGAACCAGGUUUGGGAUUGAUAGCAAAACUGAAGGGAAAACCCUUUUUCCAAGUUAUUUUUACUUUUGAAGGCAGUUUUGCGAUGUCAUGAAGUUGGCAGACUCACAGUGUAGCACAGAGCAAGAUGUCCUGCAAUCUAGGAUCUUCUACCUGAGCUCUGCUAUAAUGGUUUAAUAACAUCUGAAAAGCAGCACUCUUUUAGGAGUUGAGAUUUCAAUCCAUUUCCAAGCUUAAUAGCCAACCCUCUUUCACUGCUUAAUAGCUGGACUGAUGGAUAAAAAAGCCAUUUUUUAAAAGUUAUUUUACCAGUUAGUGCUUCUUUGAAAAAAAUACUUUGAAGGGGCUUUCAAGGCAAAAAAACCCUAAUAUUCCCCCCCUCUCUUUUUGCCCAUGGAGAAAUCUGGCAAAAGCAACAGCUACAUCUGGUUUAGAAAGUCAGCUUCUGGUUGAAGAGCUAAAUAAUGUGCCAGAAGUUAUAGAAGACUUCUCAUUCAAAGAACAUUUGAGCAACUAAGCUGAGAAGACAAAAUAGAGCAAUGGAUGAACCACCGGAUCUCUUUAGAAAUCCAUCAAACCCAGAGAGAAGAUUCCCAGUGCCGUAUGAUGGACCCUGCAUUAUUAAUGAAGAAUCUCUUUAAUAAAAUUCAAUUAUGGUACUCAACCAUAGUAUCAGGCCUGGGCUCAAGCAGUUCUGCGGUGCAGGAACAAUUUUGUUGCUUGGAAGCUAGCAGAGGUCAUUUAAACAGUAGUCAAAUCCUCAAAAUGAAUCAGACAAAUGGUAAGAAAUGCAACUUUCCAAAAAGGAAAAAAGUAGGCAUUGUUUUUUUUUUUAAAGUGGCCCUUUAUUCACCAAAUUAGUGUAAAUACAGGUAAUCCUCGACUUACGACAAUGAAGCCCAAAAUUUCUGUUGUUAAGCCAGACUUCAUUAAGUGAGUUUUGCCCCAUUUUACAACCUUUCUUACUACCGUUGUUAAGAGAAUCACUA